CAGUUGUCGUGUGCAAUAGUUUAUAUCAAAGAUUCGUUUGUAUUCGUGUUAUCAGUAUUUUUAUUUUCUUAAAUUUGUCGCUAUUAAACGGUAUUUGAUCUUGAAAGAAUAAGUUUUAACCAAAGUAUUCACUUCGUUUUGAGGUUAUCUUAACCAUGGCAGCCAUGAUGAGAGGUGGUGUGUGUAUCAUAUGUGGAAUUUCACCUUUUUCCCAUCAACACACUCAGGAGCUUCAUAGUUUUAAUCAUGUACUGUAUGAGUAUAAUAAUUAUCGAAAAGCUUUGGUUAAAAACCGAAAUGGAAUUAAAAUUACACAAGAAAUAAUGACUGAGGGUCUUUCACCGGAUGAUUAUGAGUUUAUUAUUAAUAAAGGAAAAUUUGUUGUAAAGUUGUCUUCAGAAAAAGUACAAAAUCUUCAAAAACGCAUAAAAUUUAAGUUUGUUAUAACGAAUGAAAGAAAAGAUGAUGUUUUAUACAUGGUUCGUUGCGGAUUUUUAUUGUGUACUGAAAGGAAUAAUGUGUAUCGCGUUGAAGAUCCACAAAACGUUGUUUCAAAUGGAAAAUUUCUUGAAUUACACCCACAGGAGAGUUAUCCAGUUUAUGUUUAUUUCGAACCAAAUGUAGUAGAUCUUACUGAAUAUGUGGAACAUCUCGCUUUCAAAUUUCAAGAUCCCAAAGCUAAUCAAUACACAUUUUUUCGAACUUUGAUGGUUGUUGUCCAAGAUUAUCAACCGAUCGAUGAAGCAAUCGGAAGUACCCAUUUCAAAGGAGAAUAUUGGGCCGAUAACGUUAGAAUAAUUCCAGCUAAUCCUAAACCGUUUGUGAAAGGUGUUUAUUCGAUACCUACAGACCAUUUUAAAGCGAUUUAUUGUGGUUUAAAAAUUACUAAAGAUACGGAACCUGAACAACGCGAAAUCAUCAAGAUGAUUACGAAUUUCUUGGGUACUCAAGAUAAACAAACUGGAGACUACAUCUCUAAGCUUUCGUCGCAAAAUUACGACAAAUUUUUCCAUUACCUUUUAUGGUUAGACGAAGCUUGCCAAGCGCUUAGUCUUCGUCAAUACAACUUAUCUAAUGUAACUAUGUGUAUCCCAAUAGCGAAUACUUUAGAAUUAGUCGUUGAUGGUUUGGCAGAAAAACGCCCAUCACUUAUGGUGGGAGAUGUAAUCAUAAUUCGAUUACACCGCGAUCAUACAGCGUACGAAGGAGUCAUUAAAUCCGUUAAUGACAGAACGAUUUGGAUACAUAACGUCGACCCAAUAUUGCUUGAUAUGGUGGAGGCAAAUGCGUUUAUCGAAUUCGACGUCGCUUUCAAAUUGGGGAGGUUAACUUACGAGCGAAAACACAGUGCAGUCGAUUUGUGUAUCAAAAAAGAUUUGAGGGCAACUUUAUUCCCCGACGUCGCGUUGAGGAACCGAAUAAUUGCGGAACGGUUUAAUAUCUCAAAUAUACAGUUCUACAAUGACAGCAUUUACGUAAAUCCCGAACAAAGAAAAGCCGUUUUAUCGAUUCUUAAUGACACCGCCUUCCCGGCGCCUUACAUCCUUUUUGGACCCCCUGGAACUGGAAAAACCGUUACGAUUGUAGAAGCGAUUCUUCAGAUAACCAAGCAUAAACCGAGCGAAAAAAUUUUAAUUUGCGCCCCAUCAAACGCCGCUUGCGAUAUGUUAACAAUCAAAUUAGCCGAAGUGGGGAACUUCCAAAAAGGUGAUUUGCUCCGAAUUCACGCUGAAAGUCGUACUUGGGAGGACGUCCCAAGCUUGGUUAAACGUUACAGUAACCACGAUGGGAUUCAUUACACCCGCCUUGAGCCGUACCAACUCUCAAAGCACAAAAUUAUAAUUACCACGUUAGUUUUAAUCGGAAAAUUCACCGGGAAAUACAUCCCCGAUUACGUUUUUAUCGAUGAAGCCGCCCAAGCCCCGGAACCAGAGGCUGCCAUCGCCAUCAGUAUGGUUUUAACCGCCAAAAUAAUAAUCGCGGGGGAUCCGCAACAAUUAGGACCAGUUUGCCAAUCGAAAGUAGCCGAAAGAAAAGGAUUAUCCUUAUCGAUUUUAGAGCGCUUAAUGAACAUGGAUUUAUAUCAAUCGGAUAAUGAAGGAAAAUACGACGAGCGCUUUAUUAGCAUGUUAAAAUUAAAUUAUCGCUCACAUCCCUUCGUUUUACACGUCCCAAAUGAUCUAUUUUACGAAGGAAAAUUAAGAGCCGUUAAUAAAAAAGCUGAAAACGAUCCAAUUAGUCGAUUAUGUGUACCAAAUUUGUUCCAAACCGGUCAACAUAAACGCCAAGGAUUCCCCGUUGAAUUUUAUUCCGUAAUCGCCAAAGAACAACGUAACGGAAAAUCACCCAGUUACUUUAAUCAAGUUGAAAUUAGCGUUGUUAUUAAAUAUGUAACGGCUUUAAUGCAACAAAAUAAUAUUCGCGUCGAACAAGAAGAUAUCGGAAUUAUUUCACCUUACAUAAGACAAGUACAUCGUAUUAAACACGAAUUAAAAAAUCGACAUUACCCCAAAAUCGAAGUUGGAACAACCGAGGCUUAUCAAGGUAGCGAAAAAAGAAUUAUUAUUAUAACGACGGUUCGUGGUCAAAGUGAUUUGUUAUUGUACGAUGCUAAAUAUGAUUUGGGAUUUGUUAAAAAUGCGAAAAGAAUGAACGUUGCGUUAACUAGGGCUAUGAGCAAAUUGAUCGUGGUGGGAAACCCGAUGGUUUUAAACACGGAUCAUCCCGAUUGCGAAAAUUGGAGAUAUCUCAUAAGAUAUUGCGAGGAAAAUAAUUCCGUGUUUGGGGUCAGUUAUCAAAGAAGAGAUGUUGAUUUAAGAAAGAAAAUCACGCAUCGCCUUUCAAAGUAUCAACAAAGAAAUGGAACAAAUUAAUGAUUAAGUGUUCGUAUUUAGAGCGUUAUUUACAUUUAAAUAAGUACUUAUUUGAUAAAAAAAAAAACAAAUAUAUUGUGAUAUCAAGUUGAGUGAUAACAACUAAUGGGUACCCUUAAAUGGAAAAGAAGUAAAGAUUUUCUAUUUUAAGAAAUACGUUUGUUACCUCGUAAAUAAAAAUAAAGUAUAUAUUUUUGUUAAUAUUUUUGUAGUGUGUAAAUGAAUAUCAAAAAAUGUUUGUAUUUUUUUAUUACUAUCUUUAAUAAAUACAGUUUGUUGCAAU